AUGACAAUUUUAGGUCUCCUGAGAGCCGAGAUACAGCCAAUUGAAGUUUGGGAGAAAAAAUUUCUUUCAGAAUCUCAGAAUCUCAGAAUCUCAGAACCUCAGAACCUCAGAAUAUCAGAAUCUCAGAAUCUCCGAAUCUCAGAAUCUCAGAAUCUCAGAAUCUCAGAAUCUCAGAAUCUCAUAAUCUCAGAAUCUCAGAAUCUCAGUACCUCAGAAUCUCAGAAUCUCAGAAUCUCAGAAUCUCAGCUUCUCAGAUUCUCAGAAUCUCAGAAUCUCAGAAUCUCAGAAUCUCAGCUUCUCAGAUUCUCAGAUUCUCAGAAUUUCAGAAUCUCAGCUUCUCAGAUUCUCAGAUUCUCAGAAUUUCAGAAUCUCAUAAUCUCAGAAUCUCCGAAUCUCAGAAUCUCAGAAUCUCAUAAUCUCAGAAUCUCAGAAUCUCAGAACCUCAGAAUCUCAGAAUCUCAGAAUCUCAGAAUCUCAGAAUCUCAGAAUCUCAGCUUCUCAGAUUCUCAGAUUCUCAGAAUUUCAGAAUCUCAGAAUCUCCGAAUCUCAGUAUCUCAGAAUCUCAGAAUCUCAGAAUCUCAGAAUCUCAGAACCUCAGAAUCUCAGAAUCUCAGAAUCUCAGAAUCUCAUAAUCUCAGAAUCUCAGAAUCUCAGCUUCUCAGAUUCUCAGAUUCUCAGAAUCUCAGAAUCUCAGAAUCUCCGAAUCUCAGUAUCUCAGAAUCUCAGAAUCUCAGAAUCUCAGAAUCUCAGAACCUCAGAAUCUCAGAAUCUCAGAAUCUCAGAAUCUCAGAAUCUCAGAAUCUCAGAAUCUCAGCUUCUCAGAUUCUCAGAUUCUCAGAAUCUCAGAAUCUCAGAAUCUCCGAAUCUCAAAUCUCAGAACCUCAGAAUCUCAGAAUCUCAGAAUCUCAGAAUCUCAUAAUCUCAGAAUCUCAGCUUCUCAGAUUCUCAGAUUCUCAGAAUUUCAGAAUCUCAGAAUCUCCGAAUCUCAGUAUCUCAGAAUCUCAGCUUCUCAGAUUCUCAGAUUCUCAGAAUUUCAGAAUCUCAGAAUCUCAGAAUCUCAGUAUCUCAGAAUCUCAUAAUCUCAGAAUCUCAGAAUCUCAGAACCUCAGAAUCUCAGAAUCUCAGAAUCUCAGAAUCUCAGAAUCUCAGAAUCUCAGCUUCUCAGAUUCUCAGAUUCUCAGAAUCUCAGAAUCUCAGAAUCUCCGAAUCUCAGUAUCUCAGAAUCUCAUAAUCUCAGAAUCUCAGAAUCUCAGAACCUCAGAAUCUCAGAAUCUCAGAAUCUCAGAAUCUCAUAAUCUCAGAAUCUCAGCUUCUCAGAUUCUCAGAUUCUCAGAAUUUCAGAAUCUCAGAAUCUCCGAAUCUCACUUCUCAGAUUCUCAGUAUCUCAGAAUCUCAGAAUCUCAGAAUCUCAGAAUCUCAGAACCUCAGAAUCUCAGAAUCUCAGAAUCUCAGAAUCUCAGCUUCUCAGAUUCUCAGAUUCUCAGAAUUUCAGAAUCUCAUAAUCUCAGAAUCUCCGAAUCUCAGAAUCUCAGAAUCUCAGAAUCUCAGAAUCUCAGAAUCUCAGAAUCUCAGAAUCUCAGAAUCUCAGAAUCUCAGAAUCUCAUAAUCUCAGAAUCUCAGAAUCUCAGAACCUCAGAAUCUCAGAAUCUCAGAAUCUCAGAAUCUCAUAAUCUCAGAAUCUCAGCUUCUCAGAUUCUCAGAUUCUCAGAAUNUCAGAAUCUCAGAAUCUCCGAAUCUCACAUCUCAGAUUCUCAGUAUCUCAGAAUCUCAGAAUCUCAGAAUCUCAGAAUCUCAGAACCUCAGAAUCUCAGAAUCUCAGAAUCUCAGAAUCUCAGCUUCUCAGAUUCUCAGAUUCUCAGAAUUUCAGAAUCUCAUAAUCUCAGAAUCUCCGAAUCUCAGAAUCUCAGAAUCUCAGAAUCUCAGAAUCUCAGAAUCUCAGAAUCUCAGAAUCUCAGAAUCUCAGAAUCUCAGAAUCUCAUAAUCUCAGAAUCUCAGAAUCUCAGAACCUCAGAAUCUCAGAAUCUCAGAAUCUCAGAAUCUCAGAAUCUCAGAAUCUCAGCUUCUCAGAUUCUCAGAUUCUCAGAAUUUCAGAAUCUCAGAAUCUCCGAAUCUCAGUAUCUCAGAAUUUCAGAAUCUCAGAAUCUCAGAAUCUCAGAAUCUCAGAAUCUCAGAAUCUCAGAAUCUCAGAAUCUCAGAAUUUCAUAA